UUGCCAACAUAAAGAAAAAACAAGUUAUGAUGCUAGAUCUUAUGCAACAGUUGGUAAUAUAAUUUAGAUAAAUCAAAACUAACCACGUUUGAGUCUCUCUAUUAAAACCGUCAUUUUAAUUGAUACGAUGAAUGAAUAAAUAAGUUUGAAAAUUAAAUUCGAUAUAAAAUGGCAUUAAAUAUCAUUAGAAAGGCAACAACGUUUUGUAAUGGCAUUUUAGCCAAGAAUGUAUUGUCAUGUAGACAUUACAGUUUGUACGAACCUGAUUAUUUGGAGAUGUUAAAACCAGAAAUACCAACUUAUCCUAUGUUAAAUGUACAGAUUACAGGAUAUACUUAUCCUGUAUUAGAAAAUUAUCAGAGUUUCAUUCAUAAAAUCGCUAAAAAUAUGGACAUUGACGUAGAUAACGGUUGGGCAUUACCUCCGAAAGUAUUAAAAGUUCAAAGAUUUAAACCAAGAAGUACCGUCGUGAGCGCAGAAUAUAAUCUUAAUAUUUAUGAAAGAAAUAUACAAUUAGCAGACGUUACAUCAGCGCAGUGUCCCUUACUAAUUAGAAUAUUAGAAGAUACUUUACCACAAGGUAUAACCUUGAAUGUGACCAUUUUCGAUCCUGAUAUGGAAUUAAAACGUUAUAUACCGGAUAAAGUUUUAUUAGAUAUGAAAUCAAUGUUAGAAGAUAUGUCGCAAAAAAAGUAAAUUAUAAUACAACAUUGAAAUAUUUCUGUGUAUUAGUAAUGAGAUUAGAUAUGUGAAGUACAGUAAGUAUAUACUGGGAAAAAGGUAUUUAUUAUAAAACUUGAUAAAAAUUUACAAACACGCAUGCAUGUAAAUACAUUUGCAUAUAUAAACGAUAAUUUGUCAAAUAUUUUCAAUAUCAAAUUGAAUAUGGUUUUUAUGAAAGGCAGGAUUAUCAUUGGAACAUUACGUGUAACUAUAACAAACCAAAAUGAACAACUUUUAUUUUAGAACCUUCCUCAGAUUUCGAAGAUUCCUUUGAAAUUUCAUUAUCUGCAUCUUCUGUAAAUUAUAAAGCAAUUAAUGUUUUAAUAACUCUUGAAAUCGCAUUGUAAAAUAAUAUAGAUAAAUAUUUCGCUUUACUUA